GGCGAGGUGCGGCGCUGCGCUGUGCCCCCGCUUUGCCCCCGGAAGCGGAGCGCCGCGGAGAUGGAACAGCAGGGCUCGCCGCUGAAGAAGCCGCGCCGAGAGGCGGAGGAGUCGCCGCCCCCGCAGGGCGAGCAGGAGGACAUGGAGACGGGCAACGUGGCCAGCCUCAUCAGCAUCUUCGGCUCCAGCUUCUCGGGACUGCUCAGCAAGGAGCCCCAGGGCCGCCGGCGGCCGAGCCGUGACGGCAGCGAGGAGUCGACCGCGGAGCCGGGGCAGAUCUGUUGCGACCAACGCGUGCUGCGGACCCUCAACCCCUGGAGCACGGCCAUCGUGGCCUUCUGACGCGUCGGACUGCGCACCGCGAGGAGGGGCACGGACAGAUCCGGAGCUGCCCCCCUCCUCCUUCUCCUCCUGCUCCUUCCUCCCCCCCGGCCCCGCACGGAAGAACAGCGGGCAGCAGCACUUCCCUUCGCCGGGCCCGACCGUCGGCAGCCGCCCUGGGAGCGGCCCGACCCGACCCGCCCGGAAUUCCCCUUCCCGCCCGGGGCGCUCCCAGCGGGGAUAUUUUAAGCUUGGAAAGUAUUAAAUUUAUUAAAUAAAGUGUUUAUUUUGGAAAGGUUUAGGUCAGAACUGUUACACGGUGCUUUUAAAAAGUGUUUAUUUGAGAGAAACAGAAGUUUACAGAUGCUCCGACGGAAAGUCCUCGUGAGCCUGGUUGUUAGGCUCGGGGAUCCCCGGUCUUUGUUGUAUAAAGGCUUGGGGUUCCCGUUGGGGGGGGUGGGGUGGGGGGAUUUGUACAGUGUUCUCUUCGGUGAUGUAUCUCGUUUUGUAUAAAAUGUAAUGCUACGUGUGUGACACGUAUUAAAUAUUUUCAACUGUA